UUCUACAAUCUUGAAUCUAAAACAAAAACAUAAGAACCACAAAAGCAGCAGCAGCAGAAAGAGAGAGAGCAGCGAAAAGUUAACAGCGAAUUCAGAGGCUGAAGCAGAGCAGCGGAGCCCAAGUGCAAGCGAGACGGCAGCAGAGCUCCGCUGCAAGGCAACGGGAAAGAAAGAGAGAUAAAUAGAGAGACAGUGCGGCAGCGACAAAGAGAGAGAGCAGGCGGGAGAGCGAGUAGCGGCAGCGACAGCAACACAGCCACAAAAGAGAACGAGAGAGGGAGGGAGAGCUAGACGACCUACUACACAAAAAAGGCUCCCUGGUCGAGAUUACAGCGUCUACAACAACCAAGGAAGCGAAAAAAAGGAAAAAGAAAACCAUUCAAAUAAUUAAGACUGCUACACGGAACAACUAAAAACUACAAGCUAAUUUAACAAGGAGAAAGAAAAGAAGACUAGACAUAAUCAUAAACAGAGUAGAUAGUAUUAGAGAACCCGCAAACCCAACAACUAGAACACUAAAAAAACAUUAAUUAUAAUACACACACACACACACACACACACACACACACACACACAUCCAUAUACACAAACGAAACAAAGGAAAGAAUUUGUAAUACAACACCAAGGAAGAAUCACCUUUAGCCUUAUAUACAAUUAAAUACAAUUAAGACGCUAGAAAGACAAGGCAGUGCAUGAAUCCUAUCAAGAAAACCGAAAGAUAACAAGAAAUAUUUUUUUAAUGGGCAGUGUAAAUAAAAACGACGAUCAGGGGAAUAUACCCCCGAAUCGAGAAUUUGAAGAAUCCCCACCAGCUACGGACCCGGGAAUCGAGGAUUCACAUCCGCAAGCUCCCGUAGAAACUGACGAGGGAAAUAAAGAUAUUCCAGUUUCUGGGGAGGCAGACUCUCAGGAGUUGAACGGAGAUUCGGAGAAAGAGAAUAAUACGCCGAAUCAAGAAUCGUCGAUUCUGCAGUCGCCGAUCAAAUCCCCCAAUUCAAAAGUAAUCGAAAAUUGUGAGCAAGAACCUGGCGCUGGGAACAAUUCUCCAGAUCCUGUUGAAGCUGCCCAGUUUUCUGACGAAGAGGUAGAAAAGAACGAUGCCAAAAGCAGCGGUAACGAGUCGGACUGGAAUACUCGCAGUAAUCAAGAUCGUUUAAGUUCUUCUGAUAGCGAGGACGAGCAGCGGCUGCUAGAUAAUUUAACUAAAUCAAGGCGUGUUCGUCGUCGUACGCGGCAUCCAGAUUCCGAUUAUUCCGUAGAGGUCAAACGUUAUUCCCGACGUAAGAGUUAUUACAGAGGAUAUCACAGUGACUCAGAAGGAAGGGUUUUGCAGUGGUUUGUCGCUCCCGGUAGCGAGGAAGGCGAUUCACCUAGAUUACCUAGAUCGGAACGCGAGCAUUACAGAGGAUAUCACAGUGACUCAGAAGGAAGGGGUUUGCAGUGGCUUGUCGCUCCCGGUACCGAGGAAGGCGAUUCACCUAGAUUACCUAGAUCGGAACGCGAGCAUUACAGAGGAUAUCACAGUGACUCAGAAGGAAGGGGUUUGCAGUGGCUUGUCGCUCCCGGUAGCGAGGAAGGCGAUUCACCUAGAUUACCUAGAUCGGAACGCGACCAUUACAGAGGAUAUCGCAGUGACUCAGAAGGAAGGGGUUUGCAGUGGCUUGUCGCUCCCGGUAGCGAGGAAGGCGAUUCACCUAGAUUACCUAGAUCGGAACGCGAGCAUUACACAGGAUAUAACAGUGACUCAGAAGGAAGGGGUUUGCAGUGGCUUGUCGCUCCCGGCAGCGAGGAAGGCGAUUCACCUGGAUUACCUAGAUCGGAACGCGAGCAUUACAGAGGAUAUCACAGUGACUCAGAAGGAAGGGGUUUGCAGUGGCUUGUCGCUCCCGGCAGCGAGGAAGGCGAUUCACCUGGAUUACCUAGAUCGGAACGCGAGCAUUACAGAGGAUAUCACAGUGACUCAGAAGGAAGGGGUUUGCAGUGGCUUGUCGCUCCCGGCAGCGAGGAAGGCGAUUCACCUGGAUUACCUAGAUCGGAACGCGAGCAUUACAGAGGAUAUCACAGUGACUCAGAAGGAAGGGGUUUGCAGUGGCUUGUCGCUCCCGGCAGCGAGGAAGGCGAUUCACCUGGAUUACCUAGAUCGGAACGCGAGCAUUACAGAGGAUAUCACAGUGACUCAGAAGGAAGGGUUUUGCAGUGGCUUGUCGCUCCCGGUACCGAGGAAGGCGAUUCACCUAGAUUACCUAGAUCGGAACGCGAGCAUUACAGAGGAUAUCACAGUGACUCAGAAGGAAGGGGUUUGCAGUGGCUUGUCGCUCCCGGUAGCGAGGAAGGCGAUUCACCUAGAUUACCUAGAUCGGAACGCGAGCAUUACAGAGGAUAUCACAGUGACUCAGAAGGAAGGGUUUUGCAGUGGCUUGUCGCUCCCGGUAGCGAGGAAGGCGAUUCACCUAGAUUACCUAGAUCGGAACGCGAGCAGGAGGCAGAAGCUCAACGUGGCGAAUUUGAGAACUUAAAUCACGAGUACCAGUAUUCAGAAUCUGAUGACGACGAGGUCGCUAGAAAUAGGAACGUAUUUUACCGUGGACAAAAUUACGCUCAUCAGGCAAAUCAAGUUCGCCUACCAGAAUCGGAAUCUGAUAGCUACGAUCGUGAACAAGGCUACGGUCAUCAGCUAAAUCGAGAAUCGACAUCCGAUAUCGACGAUCGUUACGGAAUACCUGGUGCAUCUUCACGAGCUCGUCUAACAGAAUCGGAAUCUGAUAGCUACGAUCGUCAACAAGGCUACGGUCAUCAGCCAAAUCGAGAAUCGGAAUCCGAUAGCGACGAUCUUUUCGGAGCAUCUUCAUCUUCACAAUCGUCUUCAUCGGAAAGACAAAGCUCUGACGAGAAGUCGGUUCGAGCUUCAGACUCGACUUCUGAUGAUUCAGAAUACAGAGUCGAUCCGACUACUGGGUGGCAUUCGCGCCGUCGAGAAAGUACUUUCGAAGAUAGUGAAGACCAGCAACCGGAGACGCUAGAGGAUAGCGAAGACGAACAGGAAGACAGCGAGGACAAGCAGUUGGAGCCGGUGGACAAUAGCGAGCACGAACAGCAGCCAACUUCUUCUAAUAAACGCGACAAUUCGCAAAACCAGCAGCCGAAAAAGCGCAAAUCGUCAGCCCGCAGGGAUUCAAAUAAUUCGAAAAAACAAUUAUUGGACGGAGAAACACGUUCAUCACCAUCUUCGUCUCGUGGAAGUCGCACACCAGUUCCACACGAUACAUCAGAAUCUGAGGACUAUGAAGCUAAUAAGGAUAAUUUCCCUUUAAAGCGAAAAUUGUCUCAUGAUAGCCUGGAAUCUAAGAAAUUGAAAAAACCAUCAUUGCCAAGUGAGGAAGAGCAAUCGGAGGAGGAACGUGAAGACACCGAAAGCGAAGAUUCUGAGGAAGACCAAGAAUCAGAUAGUUCAAAGAAGGAUAAAGACACCGAUUCAGAUUCCGAAUCAGAAGGAGGAGGCCCCGCUGCUUCAAAUUCCGAGGAACCUGCACAGGAUCAAUAUACUGAACGCGGCGGAGCUGAUCAAAAUCCCGCUCCUGAAGGCGGAGCUGAUCAAAAUCCUGCUCCUGAAGGCGGAGCUGAUCAAAAUCCUGCUCCUGAAGGCGGAGCCAAUCAAGAUCCAGCUCCUGAAAGCUACGAUCAAGAUCCAGCUCCUGAAAACUACGAUCAAGAUCUAGCUCCUGAAAACUACGAUCAAGAUCUAGCUCCUGAAAACUACGAUCAAGAUCCAGCUCCUGAAAACUACGAUCAAGAUCCAGCUCCUGAAAACUACGAUCAAGAUCCAGCUCCUGAAAACUACGAUCAAGAUCCAGCUCCUGAAAACUACGAUCAAAUCUGUGCAUCUGAAUCUGAGGACGAGGGAGACGAUCUACUCUUCUUCUCAGGGAAAGGGAAGCUGCUAAAAUCUGUACCAAAUCCUUUGGGGGAUGAUCUAAAUGAUUUUGACGUAUCAAUACUGCUCUAUAUGACCUUUUCAGCCUACAAACUGGAUAAGAAACAAUUGCAGAAACGCUUGCAACCAGAACAGCAGCAACGCCAAAAACAGUUGCAAGAACAGCGACAGCUGAAUAACUUCCUGUUUGAGCAACAGAAACUGUUUGUUCAAGAAAAAGUGCGCCAACAGCAGGAGCAACACCGUUGGCAGCAGGAUCAGGUACAGCGCGAACGUAAAUUUCGCCAGCAAGAGGAGCAAAAGCGUCUGGAAUACGAACGCAACUUGGAGAAACAGAAGGAGGACCAUAAUCGUCAGUUGCGUCUGCAGCGCGAGCAAUAUCUGAUUAACUUUAAGCAGCUGGAGAGGCUCAGGCAGGGCCCGCAGCAGGAGAAUCGGCCCAACAAUACACAGCCACAGCGCAAGCGCGAGCUGAUGCAAAACGAUAUGGUCAGCAUACCGGUGGCCAACUUGAACGGCGGCCUUAAGGCGGCCAGCAGCGGAUCCGGAGUGGCUGUAGUCGCCGCCGGCGGCGUUGUAUCCUCGGCGGUGCUGGCCAAUGCUCCCCGUGUUUACCUAACGCCCUCCUCCACAUUCAUGGCCAAUCGCCAAAUGGCUGGAGUGGCAACCACCGGGAAGAUCAGCGGACCCGUUGUCGGCGGUUCAUCCGGCACAACCUCAGCCGCCGGUACCGUUCGCUAUUUUUCGCAAUUCAGCAAAGUGCAAACGGCUGGCGGACCCGGUCUGCAGAGGAAACUGACCAACGGGGAUACCAUUGUGCUGGCGAACGGCAACAAGAGUAUGUUUCUUACCAGCAGCAAUGAUAACAAGGGUGUGAUGCCGACCGUCGCCACCAAUGGCAAUGGUUUGCUCACAGCUAAAACGGAACUAUUGGAGGAGGAGGGCAUGCAGCCGGUAACUGUGAUUGAUGACGACGAGGACGAGGAUGAGGACGAUGGUGAGAGUAGCAACAAUGCCAAAUCCAUUGGCGAUCAGCAGCCGGAGAAUCAGCCAUUGGCACUGGCUAACGCGGCCAAUGAUGGCAAUGCCUCUGAUGAUGAGCCCGAGCUGGACAUUGUGAUCAACAAUGUGGUCUGCUCGUUUAGCGUUGGCUGCCACCUGAAGCUGCGCGAUAUUGCGCUACAGGGAUCGAAUGUGGAGUACCGUCGCGAGAACGGAAUGGUGACAAUGAAGCUUCGCCAUCCCUAUACCACGGCCUCGAUUUGGUCGUCGGGGAGGAUUACCUGUACUGGUGCCACUUCCGAGGCAAUGGCCAAGGUUGCUGCACGCCGCUAUGCCAGAUGCCUUGGCAAGUUGGGAUUUCCCACGCGUUUCCUAAAUUUUCGCAUUGUCAACGUGCUGGGCACCUGCAGCAUGCCGUGGGCUAUAAAGAUCGUUAACUUCUCGGAGCGUCAUCGGGAGAACGCCAGCUAUGAGCCUGAGUUGCACCCUGGUGUGACUUACAAGAUGCGCGACCCCGACCCAAAGGCCACCCUGAAGAUCUUCUCCACCGGCAGCGUAACAGUUACUGCGGCUAGCGUAAACCAUGUUGAGUCGGCUAUCCAGCACAUUUACCCACGGGUCUUCGAUUUCCGCAAGCAGCGUUCGGCGGAGGAGCUGCAGCAUCUGCGUCAAAAGCAGCGUCUGCAAGGCGGCGUUGACCCCAACGAAAUGGAGAAGCAUGUCUUGGCAGAUAACAAGACGGCUUCCCAGGAUAACAUCUUUGUUAAUACAACAGCGGCGCACUCUAAAUCUUCGUCGAAUGACCAAACAUCAGCAUCCGCGGGCAUCUUGUCCAGCACAGUUGAUAGUAUGCCUCGUCUGAAACAGAUGGUGAACUAUCACCAGAUAAUGAAGCACACCCAGGAUGAGCGCCGCCACAUACCGUUACAUGGGGAGAAGGUCAAUUCGGCCUCCACCUCGUCGGCGGCAGCAGCUCCCUCCACCUCCUCCUCUUCCUCAUCCGGGGAUAAUAUCUGUGCCAAUGCCCGUCGCCGGGCAACCGAAUGCUGGGCCACCAAGCUGCAGAACAAGCGUCCACGUUACAAUGAUCCCGGCACCACGGGCACCGUUAACGCCUCGUCAUCCUCAGCAACCUCAGCAUCAGCCGCCACAUCUUCGUUCGCCUCCCAGGCGACACACCUGCGUAAUCCUCUCAAGACGGCCGCAUUGGCCAAUGCUCGUAUGCGUGGCGCCAAGGUGCCAACACGCAUUGCCUCCAACAGUCUAAUCCUGCACCAGCAGCAACUGGUCCACAUGCAGCAGCAGCAGCAGCAGAAGCUGCGCCAGACCAGCUUCUCGCCCAGCGAGUUCAAUGUCGAUGACUUGAUUGAGGAGGAGGAGAGCAACGAAUUGGACAUGCACUUUUAAGCUAGCGCUGCCAGUGCCAAAACAUUUUAACUAAAAUGAUAAUUCGAUGAAAACGCAAACAACAAACACGCCACACUCACAAAACCCCACGAGCUUUUCCCCGAAUAUGUUGGUUAUUUGUUUAAGUCAUUUUUCAUCACAUUUAUUUUUGUGUGUUUGCCGCAUUUAAACCAAACUCGAGGAAACCCGGACACCGAAGCGAAAACAAAAAAAAAGUAUGGAAACAAGAACAACACUACAAGCACUUGAAUCCAAAGCGAAUUAUAAGUUCGCAGCAAGCAACACCAACAAAACACCGCAGCAACAACAAAAUCAAGAGCCAAAUAUUUAACAUAUAAGAUUUACGUUUAAACUACUUUGUAAGUUAAGCAAGCACACCAGAAACAAACUAGCAGAGAUAGCAAAUAGAUGAUUUCGACCCCGAAGUAUCCCAGAAACCUCAAGAACAUCUGGAUGGUAAACCGAGGAAGAAAGAGAGAGCUUACCACAACGUAAACUUAAGUUUAGACUUAAAACCGACAGCGAAGUACGAGUUAUGAAUACGUAUGCCAGCGUUUUACGUAUUCAACCGAAAUCUGUGGAUUGCUUGGAGUCACCAUUAUCAUCUAUGGAAGCAAGAACACCGCCAAAACAUAUACUGUAAAUCACACAUAGAAGUAAUCACGAAGACAGGAAGAUGACGAUACGAGCAAGUUGUCCGGGCGGAUCGCAUGCUUCCUUGUGGAUAUUUCUAAUUUUUUUUUUUUUGCUGAACACAAAUUCAUUUCUGCCCAAGCAAACCAAAAUUCUCAAGUAAAAACACGAGAAGAGGAGGAGACCAGAGAAACACACUAGGAUAGUUACCAAUUAUCUGAAAAACAACUGAUUAAUUUCUUGUAUUUUCAUAUCAAUUUUUUUUUUGUUUUCGCUCUAAGUUCUACAUACUAAAUUACAUAUACAUAAAUACAUACAUAAGCGCUUUGUGUGGAGCAUAACAAACAAAACAAAACGAGAAACGUUUGAAUACGAUUAUAAUAAUAUUAUAAUACACAAACAAACACACAUACACACACAAAUACCUAUAUCUGGUCACUUCUAACCAAUUAUAACAAAACUGAAAAAACAGCAAGUAAUUAUGUUUUAAUUUGUGCUGGCAGUUUUUGGGUUGCGCAGAAAAUCGAUUCGAAUUACGAAUGAACUCUUGUAUGAUGAUGACAAAAAAAUAUUGAAGUAGGUUAUAGGCAAGAAGAGGGUUUUUUCAAUGCAGUCGGUUUAUGCGCGACUUAUUAAACUAUUACCAGACGUAUACCUAAUACAUAUACAUAUAUAUUCGUAUAUAGUAAUGUUUCAUUUUGUAUUUCGGUUUAGUUUAAUGAAUUAGUAGAGGAUGCAACUUAAGCGUAGAUUUACAAACUUGUUCCUGUGUUGUUAAAAUCAGAGAGUAAAUAUUUUAGUUAACUUAACGAAGCAUACGCAUACACAAACACACUCACACACACAUUGAACACAAGCAUACGUAUACAUAUACAUAAUAUUAAGGCAUCCAAACAAAGCAACAAACAACAAACAAACAAACAAACACAAAACAAAACAAAACAAAACAAACAAACGAACGAACGAAUCAUAAGCAAUAAUAAAAUGUUUUCGUUGUAAAAGAGGUAAAAACUAAAGAAAGAAAUACUCACGUUAAACAUAAAAUAACAAGCUCUAGAUGUUUUGGCGUGCCUUUACCCAUGAAUAGGAAAACAGAAUGAGAUACGAUAGCCAAUUGUACAAUCAUUGAAAUAGUACUUCCAGACCAGAGCAGAACCCAAAAUCAUUGUACAUACGCCCAAAAUUGAUGUUUUCCAAUUAAACGUGAAUUGCCUCAUUCGUACAUCAAGUUCAAUUUUCAUUUGUGCUUAACAUGAAACCAACUUUCAUAUCGUUCAACUUAUGCAUAAUCAAAAUAGGUAAAACGAAAGUGAACGGAGAACUACAUAUUAGUGAGAAAUAUCAACAUUUCCUUUCCCACGAUAAUUUAUACACAUACUUGGUUCCAUUUUUUUAUUUCUAAUUUUUUAUUUUGUACUUUUUUUUUUUUGGUUUGAUUUGCAUAAACAAAAUCGAGAAAUGAAAAUGCCUUUAGGGAACAAAGAACUAGCGCGGAAAGGAAAGAGAUAGGUUUAGGUAUAGAGAAAGCGAAGGAUAUUGAACAGAUCGGAGCCGAAAUGUAUUUUUUGUGUAUGCGAAUAUGUGAAUAGGUCGAUGAAGACCCGAACGUGUUACAAUUGCAAAAUGAACUAGCCACUAAGCUUUAGCCCUAAGUUAGCUGACACACUGAAUACUAAAUUGUAAGCCAAAAUGCAUAUAGCAAUCUAAAAAAAGAAAACGAAACAAAAACAAAAACAACAAAAAAAAAAAACA